CUCUCGUUAGUACGUUACGGGCCCGGUGCGCCGUGGUGGAGCGUGGAACGUGUUCUCCGCCUGAUCGUCGACGGAUGUAUACCACUUGGACAGGCUGAUCGGGGAUCGCCGGGGUGAUUGGCAAGCGACGAAGCACACGAGGAAAUCGCGGUGGAAUCGGGUCGAUGUGCACAGGUCCGAGAGAACGUACCGACACUUCACGUCGCUCAGUGGCGGUUCCAGUUCGGAAGGAGUUCAUAUGGAAUGGCAUCACGUGGACCGUCGCCGUCGACGCUGCCGGUCGCGAUAGCGAUGGCCGCCGUGAUGACAGUCGUGGCUAGUGGCCUCUGCCCGCCGCGGUGUCGCUGCGACGACGAGAGUCUACGCGCUUCGUGCGCCCACGCCGGCCUCGAGGUCGUGCCGAUCCAGUUGAACCCGGAGAUACGGCACUUGGACCUGUCGAACAAUCGCGUGGCGAGCGUGCACCUGACCUUCAGCUUCUACGGUUACCUGGAGAGUCUGGAUCUCAGCUCGAACCUCAUCCACACGCUGGGCCUGGAGAACUUCGGCCUGCAGCAGAACCUGCUGACGCUGAACGUGAGCGAGAACGCGAUACGCACGCUGGCGAAGAACGCCCUGCGCGGCCUCAGCUCCCUGAAGGAGCUGAACCUGGCCGGCAACAACAUCUCGCAGAUGGACGAGCAGGCGUUCAAGUACACCAGCGAGCUGGAGGUGCUGAAUCUCAGCGACAACUCCAUCACCAGCCUGCCGGACGGCUUGCUGAGGAACCUCCACAAGAUACGCGCGCUGCUCCUCAGCAAGAACUCCCUGCUGGAGGUGCCGACCGGCAACCUGGCGCUGGCGCCGAGCCUCGAGCGCGUCGACCUGUCGGAUAAUCUGAUCCUCGAGCUCGACCGGGACUCCCUGCCGUCCCUGCCGUCCCUGGUCUCGCUGAACCUCUCCGACAACGUCAUCAGGAGCAUCGCCGACGUCGCGUUCGACCGUCUGCCGGAUCUCCUCCACCUGGACCUCUCCGGGAACAAUCUAACGUCCGUGCCUACCGCCGCCCUGGCCCGUCUCAGUGUCCUCAGCAGCCUCGUGCUCAGCGCGAACCCCCUCGGCUCCCUGGAGGCGGUGGCCUUCCGCAACCUCUUCGAGCUGCGGAGCCUGGAGCUGAACGACUGCACGAUAGGGGCCGUGAACGCGCGCGCCUUCGCCGACAACGUGAACCUCGAGCGGAUCUCGAUGGACGGGAACCGGGAGCUGCGCGAGCUGCCCGCGAGGGUCCUCUACGGCGCCCGUUACCUCAGGUGGGUCUCCCUGCGCCGCUGCAGCCUGGCGACGCUGCAGCCGACGCAGUUCCCGGUCGACGGGCUGUCGCACCUGCGCGUCGGCGGCAACCCCCUCGUCUGCAACUGCUCGGUCCACUGGCUGUGGAACGUGAUACGCGCGGAGGAGCGCAGGAACGAGACCCGGCUCGAGCUCGACACCCGCGACAUCGUCUGCAGCGACGAGGAGUUCGCCGGCAAGGCCCUGAUCGCGCUCGCGGAGGGCUCGCUGCGCUGCCGCCUCAGUCUGCUCUACAUGUCGCUGUCGGCGACCGGCUGCCUGGCCGCGGCCGCGGCCAUCCUCGCCCUCGUCGCUCACCUCACCAGGGCGAAGAGGAAGAGGCGGCUGGCGUACGCCGCGCCGAACCGGCCGGAGUUCCUCGUCUACGUCGGCCGGGGCGACAACGAGCUGGACAAGAACGCCGAGUCCUACAGCCGGCGGCUGCUCGCCCGCACCGAGGACACCUCCUACGACUCGCCGCGCGGCGGCAAGCCUCCGGCAGCCGGGACGGCGGCGGCCAGCCCCCAGACGGACGCGAACAUCUACGAGACGCCGCGGUACGCCCGGCCGGCGGCCCCGUCCUACAGGAAGCAGCCGGAGGAGGGGGUGUACGCGGUAGCGGACGUGACCGGUCUGCGGGACGAGCCACCGGAGGUGCGCUCGCUCUAUCGUGCGCACAGCCCCGCGGCGCGCCGGCUCGGCUACGACUACGAUUACGAGUCGCCGCCGCCGCCGCCCCUGCUCUCGGAGAAGCCGCACGUCGUCUUCGUCUGAGACGAACGUCGUCUUGCCCGGCUCGAUCGGCGAGAGUCCGGCCGAAACGGGGAGUAUCUUCACCGGGGGGCCUGUAUGGAGAAUGUUGUGCCCCUCCGCGCAAGUAUAAAGGAUCCUCGCGGAUAUCUCGGCCGUUGAAUUUACGGGCGGCGCGAUACCGCCGCGAUCGCUUAUCGCCGGUUAUCAGUGCGCCGCACGUCUCAGGCCGCACACCAGGACCAAGAGAACUUGGGCGUAAACGCGCGUCCAAGUGCUGGACGUUUGUUUGGUCGCGUCCGGACGAUAGUGCUGUGUUCGUUCGUCCGAAGGAGGAGGAGGAGAGAAGGGGAAAGCAACGUCCACAGCCGAGCAAUUGGUGGACCGCCGGCGAGACGCGAGAGUGUGUCCCGAAAGUCGAUGCGCCGCUUCCCGUUUGCCGGCGGCGGAAAUGAUCGGCGACGACCACCGUCAGCGGCGGCGGGAGAGUGGAUUAUGAUCCGGGAUCCCGUUGCUCGGAGCGUGAACGAAUGUGCGCCGCGUUUCGCUCGUGAGGACCGGCGGCCGUGACGCGCGACACGCUGAAAUUAUCCCUCAGGAACAAACAGAAGCAACCGUGUGGACGAGUGAAAAUGAAAUGUCUUCCGAGAUAGUUGCGUCGCUGCUAGAGAGAGAACGCGAGAGGGAUGGAAAGAGAGAGAAAGAGAGAGAGAAAUUGAGUGGGAGUGAAAGAGAGGGAGAGGGUGAGAGUGUGACAGAGCGAGUGAGAGAGCCAGCAUGCAUUCUCACUGAGGGAACACAAUCUGACUCGGAAUGUAAAUUGUGCGGGAACGUAAGAGUACGUUGCGUACUACCGCCGACCGUAGGGAGCCGAGGACCCGUAUUUAUUUUCGAGGAUUGCGUUGAAAAUCCGCCGGAGCUCAGUGCGAAUGCGGCACUGGUUUUUUGCGGUAGGCGAAGCGCCUUCAUUUCGUCGGGCUCGUUUAGAACAGGUGGUGACAAAUCAAAUCAAAGCUGGCGUCGCGGUUAGUCGAUUAAAAGGAUCGUCCUAGAGAUUACUAGCUACCCUUAGAGAUUAAUACUCCCUCGUCCUAAAGUCCGUUCCAGGCUGAGGAAGGCCUCCGGCCUCGAGAUCUCCGAGUAGUACACUCUCUCUCCGCGUAUCGGCAACGCGCCGAACGUUGCCCUCCACCAUCACCACUACCACCAUUACUGCUGCUAAUACUAUUACUACUAUUACUGCUACUAUUACUAUUACUACCGCUACUAUUACUACGGGGUUAAUGAGGGUGCGAUGAGUUGUUCGCUGAGAAUUGCGUUAGCACGUUCCUCACACACGAGACACGCUUAAGGGAGCAAAUUACGUUAAAGGUCGCGAAACCGAUUCUUUCCUCUCUUUUGCGACCGACCCGAGGAAGGGAGAGGAACCCUCGUUCGUACGAAGUGUUGUAAAUUGAAGCAAUAAUAGUUACGACCUUUUUACUGUAUAAGCACACUACACCGAGUACAUUUUAGGAACUACGAGAAAAGGACACGUUUAUAUACGAAGCGAAAGCGAGUGCAAUAUAAUAACGAAGAUACAAAUAUAUAUAUUUAUUUAUUAAUUUAUGAGAUAUAUGUGUUAAGUUUGUGGAAGAAGAAAAAAAAGAAGAAAGAGAUGUUACGUUUUUGAAUACGAAAAUAUACUUAAUGCAGUAACGAAACCACCACGUGCGUACAUUUCCGUUGCGGGAAGGCACACCGUGUCGUCGCAGAGGCUCGUACUCGCGUACUUCGACGUAAUGAUUUCGUCCCGAGCGCAUGAGGGAAAAGAAGAAAAGGAGGAAGGAGAGAAAAUAAGAAGGAGAAAAGAAGGAUGAAAGAGAGGAGGAGGAUGAAGGAAAGAAGGUAGAAAGGAGAGGAGAGAUUCGCCGGCGGCGUUAUCCCUCGACGUUACGUACGGCGGUGGAAGUCGUUACGCGAAUACGCGAUUACGAUCCUGAGAACCUAUUUGUAUGUUUUUGCGCACGCCUCCAAACGCACCGCGUCCGCGGAACCUAACAGAAUAUGCAAAACUUCCUAAUUGGAUCCGCUUGUAAGGCAACUUCGCGAGUCGUAGUUUGCAACACCCGGAGAUUAAGUCUCGUUACUGAAUCGCAUUUUCCUACUACAGGUCGCAGCUCGAACUUUCACAACGGCGGAAUUUAAAGGGAGAGAUUAAGGGCGCUUUUUUCGAAUUUCGCUACUCGGACUCGCUCCUCGAGAAAAAGACAGAGGGGCGAGGUCUUGAAGCGAAAAGUAGGCGAACUUUACGCGCGAGCCGGAAAACGUUCCGGGAUAAUACCUUCUUGCGCGUCUCCUCGGCACUGUCGCGACGUGUCCUCCCGCGGACGCUGACAAAAUUUUCUACUCUUUUCUCUCAUAAUAAACGAACAAUCGUCAUCAUCGCGCGAAAUCGUGCUGUCGCGGCGAAAGAAGUUCGUUAAGCGCGCAUCAAUAUGGUAAUGGGACAUUAACGAGAGAUCGAAAUUGACUUCGGUCCUGUCGGAAUAACAUCGGGACACGCGGUGCAUAAGUUCCAGGAGGGAGAGAGAGAAUGAGAUAAAUAGAUAGAAAGAGAGAGAGAGAGAGAGAGAGAGAGAGAGAAAGAGAAAGAUUAUUGGCAAUCGCGAUGUAUUCAAGGACGAGUUUAUUUUUCACGGCGCGAAUUACGGGUUUCUUUUUUCCCUUGUUCUUUUUUCUUCUUCUUUUCUCUUCGCGAUGUACGUGCGGCCGGGCGGAGAAAGAGCUAAUUUCCUUGAGGAUCCGCACUCCUCUAACGCGAGAGACGCGGAGAAUUCACCGUUCUCUCUCUCUCUCUCUCUCUCGCUCGCCGCGUCGCGUUCGAUAUGCGGACGGUUUCAUAAAAAAUGUAUGGAAACCGCCGUUCCGGCGAAACGUUCACAGUUCCCCAGAUAGUCGGCAAUCCCCAUCAAUUCGCAUCAACGUUCAUUCGCUGCGAACGGGGUCCGGUCGGCCGUUUAAAAAAUGAUAGUGCUCCGCUGUGCAAAAGGAAAAACCGGGCGAAACAAACGGGAGAGAGCGAGA